AUGAUCAAUCAGGCCGGCCGUGAGACAAGGCUGGUGGACGACCUGGGCUGUCGGGCGUCGAGUCAAGUGACAGUGAGUCAAGGGGCGCAAGGAGAAGGUUACCACAGCUUCUUUGGCAGCAAACCAUGGAUCUUCAUGCAGUCAGAAAUGCCAAUAUACCAAGAUACAGAGUACUUCGUAGCAGGUCCUUCAAGGUGA